AUGUAUCACCUCCCAACAACCCUCCUCACCCUCGCCCUUGGGCUCGCCUCCACCACCACCGCCCCCCCCGCCACCACCGCCUCCGACGACUUCAUCACCCCCCUCCCCCUCAUAAUCUGGCACGGCCUCGGCGACUCCUUCACCAGCGCCGGCAUGCAAGAAAUCGGCUCCCUCGCCUCCUCCAUCCACCCCGGCACCUUCGUCUACAACAUCCACCUCUCCCCCAGCGCCUCCGGCGACCAACGCGCCACCUUCUUCGGCAACCUCACCAGCCAACUCGAACAAGUCUGCGCCGACCUCGCCGCGCACCCCAUCCUCUCCACCGCCCCCGCCGUCGACGCCCUCGGCUUCUCGCAGGGCGGGCAAUUCCUGCGCGCGUACGUGCAGCGCUGUAAUUUUCCGCCCGUGAGGAGUCUGGUUACGUUUGGCAGCCAGCAUAAUGGGAUUACGCAGUUCCAGACGUGUGGGCCGAGUGACUGGCUGUGUAAGGGGGCGAAUGCGAUACUAAGAGGCGGAGUGUGGAGUGCGUUUACGCAGUCGCGGUUGGUGCCAGCGCAGUACUUUCGCGAUCCGGAGGAUAUGGAGAGUUACCUUGCGAACUCAAAUUUCUUGGCGGAUAUCAAUAAUGAGAACGAGGUGAAGAAUGAGGGGUAUGCGGCGAACCUGAGGAAGUUGGAGAACUUUGUGAUGUACCUCUUUGAUGAGGAUGUGACGGUGGUGCCGAAGGAGUCGGCGUGGUUUGCGGAGGUGAAUGGCACGGAGGUCACGCCGUUGAAGGAGAGGUUGAUUUAUACGGAGAAUUGGCUCGGGUUGAAGGAGUUGGAUGAGGCGGGGAAGUUGAAGUUUUUGACUGUUGAGGGUGGGCAUAUGAGGUUGAAUGAUGAGGUGCUCAAUAGCACUUUUGGGAAUUUCUUUGGGCCGGAAGGCAGAUCCUUCGACCAUGGCAAGAAGCAGCAGGGGCCCGAGGAGCUGUAGAUCAGCAUCCAAUAUGUUAUAGCUAUGGUGUACGGGAAAGGUUGGCGGCGUUGCGGCUAGGUUUGGGUUAUGAAGAAUUGGUGUAUUUGCCAAACCCAAUGUUUUAUCAAAUUCCAGAGCGGGUUUUUCCAGCAGAAGACUUGCAGCUUACUCCGAAAAUAAAAACUGGAACAGCAAGUUAUCUCUGAACCAGUUCAUCUCACAUUAUCUUCUACUACCCAUAAGUCUUAAUUUGAAGGCGUUUUAUUUCUGAA